AUGAACCCCAACGCGCGCAACUUCGCCUUCAAUCCCGCCGCAUCCGGCUUCCAGCCCGGCGGCGCAGGCCAGGCGCAGGGCCCGCCAGGCCAGCAGCAGCCCGGCCAGUAUGGCCAGCAGAACUACUACGCCCAGGGCUUCGGCGGUGCUCCGCAGCAGCAGCAGCAGCAGCAGCAGCCGGGCGCCUACGGCGGCUAUGCGCCGCAGCAGGGCGCCGGCGCCUACCCGCAGUACGGCGCAUACGGCGCCCAGCAGGGCUUCCAGGCGCCGCCGCAGCACGGCGGCUACUACGGCGCACCGCAGGCGGGCGGCUACGCGGCGCAGGGCUUCCAGGCGCCGGCGCCGCAGCAGAGCAACCUGCCGCCGCCGCCGGCCGCGCGUGCCCCGCUCUCGGGCGGCCUGCCGCCGCGCCCCGUCGACCAGUCGGCCGGGCCCGAGGCGCCGCGCAAGCCCGUCAGCAUCUCCAUUGGCGGCGGCGGCGUGCCCAAGCUGCCGCCGCCGCGUGCGCCGCUGGACGACGCUGCCGCCGCUGCGCCGCCGCGCAAGCCCGUCUCGAUCAGCAUCGGCGGCGCGGCCAAGCCGGCCGCUGCUGCGCCUGCGCCGGCAGACGACGAGGCGCCGCGCAAGCCGGUGAGCAUCUCCAUCGGCGGUGCCAGCAGCGCUGCCGCGCCGGCUGCUCCCGCUGCUGCUGCUGCUGCUCCCGCUGCGCCGGCUGCCGCAGCACCUGGUCCCGUGGCGGCGCUCAAGUCCGAGGAGGCUGCGCCCGCUGCAUCGUCGUCCAGCGCCUCGCCGCCGGCGUCGCGGCCCGAGUCGCCGACGCCCGCGGCCGCCGCCGCGCCCGCCGUCGCCGCCGCCAAGCCGUCGGCCGGUGCCGCUGCGGCACGGAAGCGCGCCGAGAAGAGCGCCAACGACGCUGAGAAGGUGCUGGAGGAGGCGCACAAGGCGACGGACGAGGAGACGCUGAAGGACCUGUUCGGCGAGAAGAGCAGCGAGAUGAAGGCGCACCUGAAUGUCGUGUUCAUCGGCCAUGUCGACGCCGGCAAGUCGACGAUGGGCGGCCAGCUGCUGGCGCUGACGGGCAUGGUGGACAAGCGGACGCUGGAGAAGUUUGAAAAGGAGGCCAAGGAGGCCGGCCGCGAGAGCUGGUACCUCUCCUGGGCGCUCGACUCGACGCCGCAGGAGCGCGAGAAGGGCAAGACGGUCGAGGUGGGGCGCGCCUUCUUCGAGACGGGCAAGCGGCGCUACACGAUUCUCGAUGCGCCGGGCCACAAGAGCUACGUGCCGAACAUGAUCAGCGGCGCCGCGCAGGCCGACGUGGCCAUUCUCGUCAUCUCGGCGCGCCGCGGCGAGUUCGAGACGGGCUUCGAGCGCGGCGGGCAGACGCGCGAGCACGCCAUGCUCGUCAAGACGGCCGGCGUGCAGCGCCUCAUCGUCGUCGUCAACAAGAUGGACGAGCCGACCGUGCAGUGGGAGCAGGCGCGCUUCGACGAGAUUGUCGGCAAGCUCACGCCCUUCCUCAAGGGCACGGGCUUCAACCCCAAGACGGACCUCUCGUUCAUUCCCGUGUCGGCGUACGCGGGGCACAAUCUCAAGGAGCCGCUGCCCAAGGGCGUCGGCGACUGGUACAAGGGCCCCACGCUGCUCACCUUCCUCGACGACCUCGUGAUCCAGGACCGCAAGAUCAACGACCCGCUCAAGAUGCCCAUCACGGAAAAGUACGCCGACAUGGGCACCGUCGUCGUGGGCAAGCUCGAGUCGGGCAAGGUGCGGUGCGGCGACAAGCUCGUCAUCAUGCCGAACAGCACGGCGGUGGAGGUCGUGUCGAUCUCCAACGAGCAGGACGAGGAGGUGCCGGCGGCCAUCUCGGGCGACAACGUGCGCAUCAAGCUGCGCGGCGUCGAGACCGAGGAGAUCAGCGUCGGCUUUGUGCUCUCGGACCCCAAGCGGCCCGUGCAGGUGGUGCGCCAGUUUGAGGCGCAGCUCGCCAUUCUCGACUCGCGCAACAUCAUCGCCGCCGGCUUCUCGGCCAUGAUGCACGUGCACGCCCUCUCCGAGGAGAUUACCAUCCAGGCGCUGCUGCACUACUACGACAAGAAGACGGGGCGCAAGAGCCGCAAGCCGCCGCAGUUUGCCAAGAAGGGCAUGAAGGUCGUCGCGCUCAUCGAGACGUCGGCGCCGAUUGCGAUUGAGCGCUUCGCCGAGUACCCGCAGCUGGGCCGCUUCACGGUGCGCGAGGAGGGGCGCACCGUGGGCAUCGGCAAGGUGACGAAGCUGAUCCGCGGCGAGUCGGACUUGCCAGACGUGGCCAAGCUGCAGCUCGACGGCGGCGCGUAGACGGGGAUAGAGAGGCAGC